AUGCCCUGCACCUUGGGCAAUCUCGCGUCCUACGCUAUCGAUAUUAGGUGCGCUGAGGAUGCCAUUACAGGCAUCCGGUUCGCAGAGGACAAUAAUAUACGUCUCAGCAUCAAGAAUACGGGACACGACUUUCUAGGACGCUCCUCCGGUGGGGGAUCGCUGGCACUGUGGAUGCACAAUCUAAAGCAAGUGGAAUUUUUCGACUACGCCAGUCCGCUCUACACCGGGCCGGCUGUCCGCGUGGGCGCCGGCGUCGAGUACUCGGAAGUGUACAUGGCAGCCAGCGCUCGCGGAUAUCGAGUCGUCGGUGGCUCUUGUCCCACCGUUGGACUGGCUGGUGGUUUUAGCCAGGGCGGUGGCCAUGGGCCCCUUGGUGCGGCAUACGGCCUCGCUGCUGACCAGGUCCUGGAAUGGGAGGUCGUGACGGCCUCGGGCGAGCAUCUGGCGCUCGCUGGCCAUGGUGAGCACGCGGACCUUUUCUGGGCGUUGAGUGGCGGUGGAGGCGGCAACUUUGCCGUGGUUCUCUCCAUGACGGUCCGGGCACACGCCGACGGUCCUGUAGCCGGCGCCGGCUUCUCCUUUACCAACCCCGGUAACGACACGGUGUUCUGGGGCGGCAUCACGGCGUGGCUACGGCACUUGCUCGUCUUGCAUACUUUUCAUAGGGGCAUCACCACCGUCUUUGCAAUCACGGCCAAGUCGUUUGCGCUUGAGUUUGCCACACUACCUGACACAAACACAACAGACACUAUUAACGCUGCCAUGGCACCAUUCGUCACCCAGCUCUCCGACCUCAAUAUCUCGUUGGCGGGCAGCUACCAGAGCAAUGUCCAUAAAGACUUUGCCGAGCAUUACAGCCACUGGGCCACGCAGACCUACGCCAGCAAUAUCACACUCGGCGGCCGCCUCAUCCCGCGUUCUGUAGUGCAGGAUGAGGUUUCGGGGCUCCCCGCGCUUGUUAAUACUUUCCGCGACAUCGCCCACAGAGGCGCGGUUAUCUUGUCUGUCGCUGCCAACGUCACCAAUGUGAACCAUAUCCACAACGCUGUUUUGCCCUCCUGGCGUGACUCGCUCUUCACCACAACAUUUGCGAGAUCGCUGCCCCAGGAGUCCACAUGGGAUGCUAUCCUCGCAGACUACAGGCAGCUCAACGCGUGGCAGGAGGACCUCCGCGUUAUCACGCCUGGAGCAGGGACGUAUAUGAAUGAGGCGACGUGGGAUAACCCGCAUUGGAAGGAGGAUUAUUUCGGCUCGAAUUACAACGAGUUGUUGGCAGUCAAGACCAAGUAUGAUCCAAGGCACGUGUUUUGGGCCAAUGCCGCCGUUGGGAGCGACGAGUAUUGGAAGGCUACCAAGGAUCGGAGGUUGUGCCGUAUUUGA